UGACCUUCACCUACCUCGAGUGGCCGCACGGACGUCAACUUCGGGAAUAUCCAAAGAAACCAUGGAUGCGACAGAUGCAAUGCUUCACUUGGAUGCCGUGGCACGUUCCAUACCAGAGCCUGUAUUCCCACCCGACGACUUAAAUUCUCAGCUCUCCGGUAUUCUUCGCGCAACAAGACCUUUCUAUGAUACCGAUCGUGAAUUAAUUAGCCCUGAUAUCGCUGUCCUCCAACAAGUCUCGAUAUACGACACGCUGCUAGACCGCAUCGAUGUAAUCAGAUCAGAGGUGCAAAGCCGUCGCGAUGCAGUCUAUAUGUCAAUGGCGUCGUGUUCAUCAGCACUAGCGCCCAUCCGACGUCUUCCCAGCGAUGUUCUUCGAUCUGUGUUUCGCGAGAUACAGAUCUCGCAGUG